AUGCUGGUGACCAUCAGUGUAGAAGGCACUGGGCACACACCCACUGCCCGCCUCCUGGGCCCUCAGAGUGGCUUGCUGGGGGACAGUGGAAAGUCCUGGGAUGCGGAGCCUGUGGCUUUGCACCUGUUCCAGAGCAGCCUGCGGAGUGGGCAGCCAGAGUCCAGCGGCUCCGCCUCUCCCAUGGCCCCGCCCUCGGGCCCCUUCCAGGCAGGUUCUGGCUCCACCCCUCCCAAGGCCCUGCCCUCAGGCUUCUUCCAGAGGGCGCAGGCUUGUUGGCAUACUGCGCAUGCGCCUGAGGGCCACGUAGUGGCGCGGAGGCUUGAGGAGCGUCGGGCGAGGGACAGGUUUUUCCACCUCAGGGUCGCCUUCUCCCACUUCAGGGACGCCUUCCUCCUCCUCAGUGACAUCCCGCUCCACGAGCUUUGUCGGCAAUGGCUUCGGCCAGAGACUCACACCAAAGAGCAAAUCAUAGAACAACUGGUGCUGGAGCAGUUUCUGAACACACUGCCAAAGGAGGUUCAGGUGUGGGUGAGGUCUCGGCAGCCCAAGAGUAGCAGGGAGGCGGGAGCCCUGGUGGCACACCUGAUCCGGGCCUGUGGGGAGAAAGGCUCCUUGCUGCCGGGAUCGUUCCUGGACGUUAAUCACUUAGGAGUGUUCCUGGUAUUUUAGGAAUUGGUUACCUUCAGUGACGUGGUCGUGGACUUCAGCCCRGAGGAGUUAGGCUACCUUAGUGCUGCCCAGAGGAACCUCUACCGGGAGGUCAUGCUGGAGAAUUACCAGAACCUGCUCUCCCUAGGGUGCCAGUUCUCUAAACCUGACAUUAUCUCACUCCUGGAAGAAGAGGCAUGGGCAGUGGAGGAGGACAGGAGGACAGUGACGUGUCCGACGUCUUCUCCUGAUGAUCCAUCAGAGUCAUACCUUGGCAACCAGGAGAAUCAGACUUCAAGUCCCGUGACCACGAGUGACAUGAAGACCUCUGCUCAGGAAGGAAGCCACGGCAGUGAUGCACUUGAGAGACACUCUCAUCUUACCACACCAUCAGGGGCUCUUCCAGGAGAGGGUCCCCUGGAUCGCACUGCUCUUGAAACAUGUGUCAGACCCCAGCCAGUGGAACCUAUCAGAUGCAAAUUUUGUGAAAGGAUCUUUAGUACCCAGAUGGGCCUUAGGAAACAUGAGCAAAUCCAUACUGGAAAGAAACCCUUUGGGUGUAAACAAUGUGGCGAAACCUUCUUUCUCAUGCCCCACCUCACCAGACACCAGAAGACUCAUUUGGCCCUGAGGCCCUCUAGGUACCGUCAAGUCAGCAAGUCUUUCAUCCCGCCUGCAGAUCUCGGGGGCGCUGUAAGAGUUCACAGUCAGGAGGACUACUAUGAGUGCUUUCAGUGUGGCAAAGCUUUUGUCCAGGACGUGCAUCUUUUUCAACAUCUCAAAGCCCAUGAAGCAGCAGAGGCCCUUCCCCCUGGGCUGCCCCGCAACAAGACACACUUAAUUCGUUAUCAGCGGAAGCACGACUAUGUUGGAGAGAGAUCCUGCCAGUGUUGUGACUGUGGCAAAGCCUUCAGUCGGAGCUCACAUCUCAUUCAGCACUAUCGGAUUCAUGCUCAGGAACGGCCGUACCAGUGCCAGCUCUGUGGGAAGUGUUUCAGCCUGCCCUCCUACCUCACUCAGCAUUAUCAGCUCCAUUUCCAGGAGACACUGGCUGAAUGCCAUUACUGUUGA